AUGGCGGAAAACUCGUCUUACUGGGUUGAGUCUGAGGACUGGCAUACCGCUGGUGAGCCUUUCCGAAUCAUUCAGCACCUGCCAUCAGGAUUUUUGCCUGAAGCUGAGACUGUUUCGGAGCGCCGUAUCGAGAUUACCAAUACUAAAGACCAUCCGCUUGAUCGGCUUCGCAUAUUUCUUAGCCAUGAGCCUCGAGGACACGCCGAUAUGUACGGUGGCUUUAUUACCCCUCCGAAUAACUCUGGGGCUUCUUUUGGCGUACUAUUCUGGCAUAAAGAUGGUUUCUCAACGGCAUGUGGCCAUGGCACUAUUGCGCUAGGCUAUUGGGCUAUAUAUAAGGGUCUUGUUCAUGCCCCCGAGAAUGGGGUUGUAGAUGUUGUCAUUGAUGUCCCAUCGGGCCGCGUAGUGGCGUCAGUCACGAGAAAGGAUAACAAAUCUAUACAUGCCGACUUUAUCAACGUCUCUACCUAUCAGAUAGCAAAAGGGUUAUCUGUGGCAAUCCCUUCUUGCGAUUUUGAUAUUUCCGUCGACCUGACAUUUGCUGGCGCUGUGAUAGCGUCGGUAGAUACCACUCAGCUAGGUCUCGAGGUUAAGCCAAGCAAUGCAAAUGAAUUUGUCAGAAUUCAACGAGAGAUCAAGGCAUGUCUUGGCGAUAGGGCAAAGUAUGGCACCCACGAACUGUACGCGAUGCUCUUUUUCCAAGAAGAGGAAAACAGCAAAGGCUCGGGAUGGAUCGUCCAGAAGAGCAUCAAUGUCUACGGCGAUGGACAGAUCGACCGUUCUCCCUGUGGUUCUGGGACUUGCGGAAGGAUGGCUAUCCUACUCGCCGAAGGUCGACUCGGAGAGAACUCGAAACUCUUACACCACUCUGUCAUCGGGUCAGCUUUCGAGGCUGAGAUUGUAUCUAAGGGCCAGAGUCCAGUCGAGGGUUUUCCUGCCUGCGUUGUGCGCGUGAGAGGCCAGGCAUAUCUUGUUGCAGAAACACGGUUUUUUAUUAAUGCCGAAGAUCCAGUCUCUCCGGGCUUUGUCUUGCGUUAG